UUUCACAGAAAAAGUGAAGAUUUAAAGAAACGAUUAUGGCAGAACAACCUUAUGGGAACGUUCCACUCUUUAGAGAGUUGACAGCGGAGGAAAUUGGUGAUUUAGAAGCCACAGAAAUUGAGAGCCUUUGCGUAAAUUGUGGUGAACAGGGCACGACAAGGCUACUUCUGACCAAGAUCCCAUUCUUUCGGGAAGUUGUUGUGAUGUCCUUUUCAUGCGCCCACUGUGGUGAUACCAACAACGAUGUCCAGCCUGCCGGCAGGAUACAGGAAAAAGGCUGUCGGAUCAGCAUCGAAAUUCAAACCCGCAAGGACUUCAACAGGCAAGUGGUGAAGGCAGACACCGCAUCUGUCAAGAUCCCAGAGUUGGAGUUUGAAAUCCCUGGUGGCUCUCAAAAAGGCUCAUUUACCACAGUGGAGGGAUUAAUUACAAGAGCAGUUGAGGGCCUGGAACAAGUACAGCCAAUUCGCAAGGCAAUGUAUCCGGAAGUGGCUGCACAGAUUGAAGAAUUCAUCAGCAAGCUGGCUAACCUUGAACCACCAUUCCACCUGAUACUGGAUGACCCUGCCGGCAACAGCUUUGUGGAGAAUCCCAACGCUCCAGAGACGGACCCCUCCAUGACCAUCAGCAUGUACGUCAGGACCAAACAGCAGAACAAAGCCCUGGGACUCAUGGUUGACGAGGACGCAGAUGCUACUAACGAACCCCAGCAGGGGGAGGGGCAGGAGGAGGCAGGGAAGGAGGAGGAAGAAGAGCAGACUAGAGAAACAGGUGACUCCGAGCCCACCAACAUGGCCGACGAGGUUUUAGAGUUUGCUGUCAACUGCUCCAGCUGUAAUGCUCCCACCACGUCCAGAAUGAAACUUGUCAACAUCCCUUACUUCAAGGAGGUCAUCCUGAUGGCCCUCAACUGUGACUCCUGUGGCUACAAAGACACGGAGGUCAAAUCGGGGGCGGGUAUCGAGGCUAAAGGGAGGAGGAUAACCUUGAGGAUGACCGACGCCGCCGUGGAUCUGAACAGGGACGUCUUAAAGUCGGACACAUCCAGAUUCCUGAUCCCCGACCUGAACUUUGAGCUGACAAUGGGCACCCUGGGGGGCAAGUUCACCACCCUGGAAGGCCUCCUGACGGACGUCAAGACCCAACUCCUGCGGCCCUACUCCAUGGUGCAGGGCCAGGACAGUGCGCCAGAAGGCGCCGGCACCAAACUCAAGGAGUUCAUUGACAAGAUUGACGAGAUCAUAGCUGGUAAGCUCCUUGUUUCAGUCAUACUUGAUGACCCGGCUGGAAACUGCUACAUACAGAAUGUCUACGCUCCAGACGAGGAUCCUGAGCUGACAGUGGAGGAGUAUGAGCGAACUCGGGAGCAAGACGACGACUUGGGUCUCCUCGAAAUGAGAACAGAGAACUACAGGCAAGAUGACGCUUCGUGACAUCACAGAAGUCACGAGGUCAUCAGUUGCACAGUGUAAAUAAAGAUGAAUGCAUAUGUGACCUGUCAUGACAAAAUGAGCAUAAAGUCACACUGCACCAUUUCUUACUGUGACGCUUCAAAGUCAAAAAUUGUAAGGAAGAUCAAUUUUUGGGUUCCGUCAUAUUUGGAGAGAGUAACCCAUCUAUCUAGUUCCAUAUUUUUUGCAGGAUCAGAUAUUCAAAAAUGUCAUUUUCUCUCCAGUUUUUGAUAACAGCAUUAUUUGUGCUUGCUCUGAAAUGUUGAAACCAUAUCGGGAACAAAGACAGAAAGCUGCUGGAAGAAUGUUACAUUGUCACUUCACUUUUACCCUAAGUGUUGUUUACCAUUGUAAAGCUCUUUGUGUGCUGAAAUAAAAAAAAACCAAUAUCUCCAUUUUCAAAAAUGUCCGACUUCCAGCUCAUUUUGUGGUGACGAUCACGUUACUUGCCUGCCGCGGCUACAUUGGAAAGGUCUGGCUGUGGCUAGGCACACAGGUCCACCUGUGGCAGCCGCCGGCUUGCGGCUGCAGUCAUUUCCAUAGUCAUAUGUGAUACUGCAAGCCACAGCCAGUUGAUUCAGUCAUGGCUUUUCAAUCAUAGGUCUUAGGCUUGUCUUGAGGCAUGUAGAAGGAAUUCUUCCCCAAUAAGUGCAUGAUCAUACCAAACUGUAUUUGAGCCCAUGCUUGAGGUGUGUAAUGUCAAGAAAAUUUGUAAUUAAAGUAAAUUAUAAAAACCUAAACCUCUUACAUGUAAAUGGAGGAACGCAUUGCAUUCUGGGAACCGGGCACAACUUUUCCAUUGUUUUGGAGUACCCCUCAAAAAAUUAUGGGCAAUAUCCAAAGGCGGAUGUUGCUCCUGUGUCUCUUUCACAAAAUAGACCAGAGGCUACGUCGUAGACAUUGCUAGGACACUGUCGUUUUCAUUUUAAGCAACAUCCAGUCGACAAGAAGUUGUGGUUUUUUAUUUCAGAGAGAUGCUUUAGGAGGGCCAAGCGUCAUAUUCUUCGACAUGGCUGGACUGACAAUACAUUCAGGACUCACUGAGAUUUCAUUUCUCAAUUUUUAUUUCGGCAUUAAACCAGAGAGGAAAUGUAAACCACGUACAUUUGUAGUUCAGACGCAACAGAAAACCACUUUUUCUAAAUACAGGUAGCCUGAAUACUAAACAUCUUUGAUGUUAAUUCUAACAAUGUAUCCCCUGAUGGAAACAGCAUAGGCAACACAUCAGAAAAACUUCAUUCACUCACCUGUUUGCAGUCAAAUUAAAUGUACAGCAUCAAGCACAUACUCCGAUUUCAACUUCAAAAUGCUUGGUAUGCAGAUAAAAGUAGUCAGGAAAAACUGGGGUAGGAGAAGGAACACAUCCAAAUUCGAAACAUUUGCUUUUUUUAUUUGGUCUUUGUUCUACCUUUCGCUAGU